AUGCUCGCCUUUUGGAGGAAUACAUUACUACUGGGCCUUGCAGCUGGGAACGUAGUUCUCGGUGAAGAUGUCAUCACCGAUGACACAGUAUUCUACGGAGAAUCUCCUGCCGUUUACCCUUCACCCCAAGGCACCGGCACUGGAGAUUGGGCCGAUGCAUACACCAAGGCCAAAGCAUUCGUCGCCCAGCUAUCUGAUGAUGAAAAGGUCAAUCUGACUGCUGGUAUCUCCGCUGAUAAUGGAUGCUCCGGGAAUAUCCAGGGAAUCACUCGCCUUGGGUUCCCAGGAAUGUGCGUGAGUGAUGCUGGAAAUGGCUUGAGAGGAUCCGAUUUCGUGAACGCUUGGUCAUCUGGAGUUCAUGUAGGAGCCAGCUGGAACCGUGAUCUCGCCAAGCAACGAGGUAUUCAUAUGGGACAGGAGUAUCGCAAGAAGGGUGUAAACAUGAUCCUGGGUCCAGUCGUCGGACCUCUGGGCCGUGUGGCUCUUGGUGGUCGCAAUUGGGAAGGCUUCGCCGCUGAUCCGUACCUCAGCGGAAUCUUGGUUGCAGAUUCGGUCAAAGGACUGCAAUCUCAAAACGUUGCCACUUCCCUGAAGCAUUUCAUCGCAAACGAGCAAGAGACUAACCGCAACCCAGCCACGAACUCCGAAGGGCACUACGUUGAGUCUGUCUCAUCGAACAUCGACGAUAAAACACUCCAUGAGCUUUACUUGUGGCCUUUCCAAGAUGCAGUCCUUGCUGGAACCACUUGCAUCAUGUGUUCGUAUAACCGUUUGAACAACUCAUACGCUUGCCAGAAUAGCAGAGCUCUCAAUGGUCUUUUGAAAACUGAGCUAGGCUUCCAGGGAUAUGUGAUCACCGAUUGGUUUGCCCAGCACACCGGAAUAGCGUCUGCUAAUGCGGGAUUGGAUGUUGUCAUGCCGAGCUCAAGUUAUUGGAAUGGUAAUCUGACCACGGCGAUUUCGAACGGAACCAUGGAAGCAUCACGAUUAGAUGACAUGAUCACAAGGUUGAUGGCAACUUGGUAUUAUCUUGAUCAAGACUCGGCAUUCCCUAACCCUGGUAUCGGGAUGCCGUCCAGCGUCAAUGCUGCCCACGAAGCAAUUGUCGCCACAUCUAAGGCGGCAAAAUCAGUGCUCUUGGAGUCAGCCAUUGAGGGCCAUGUUCUGGUGAAGAACAAAAACAAUGCGCUUCCACUCAAAUCACCUAAGUUGGUUUCCGUAUUUGGAUACGAUGCCAAUACCCCCAUGUCCUAUACCCUGGAAAGCUCAUUCAGCUUCCCCACAACCGAUCGUUCAGCUCUCUAUCAGAACGGAACCCUUUUUGGUGGUGGUGGAUCAGGCGCAAACUCGCCUGCUUACAUCGACUCUCCGAUAGAGGCUCUACAGCGUCGAGCCUACCAGGAUGGCUCUUCCAUUCUAUGGGACUUCACAUCGGAAAAGCCCUUUGUCAAUUAUGUCUCAGACGUGUGUCUAGUUUUCAUCAAUGCUUUUGCCACAGAAGCCGUUGAUCGAGAGGCUCUCAGUGACACUCAUAGCGACACAAUUGUGACCAACGUUGCAAACAACUGUGCCAAUACUGUUGUGGUGGUGCACAACGCGGGCAUUCGCACCGUCGAAUCCUGGGUUGAUCAUACCAAUGUCACCGCUGUGAUAUUUGGCCAUCUCCCUGGCCAAGACACUGGUCGCGCACUGGUCGAUAUCCUCUAUGGAGAUGCAAACCCAUCAGGUCGACUUCCUUAUACAGUCGCGAAGCAACAGUCUGACUAUGGCACUCUUCUCCAACCUUCCGAGCCCGACGAGAAGUAUCAAUACUUCCCCCAAUCGGAUUUCACAGAAGGGGUUUACAUCGACUAUCGCGCCUUUGACAAAGACAAUAUCGAGCCCCAAUACGCCUUCGGAUUCGGUCUUUCUUACACCUCUUUCGCAUACUCAAGUCUGAAAAUAUCAAAGACAUCAGCUUCAUCGACUAAUUAUCCCCCAACGGCGCCGAUUGUUCCAGGCGGGAAUCCUCGUCUUUUCGACACGCUGGUUAAGGUCUCAGCGACCGUGAAGAAUACCGGAAAGGUUGAUGGGAAAGAAGUCGCACAGCUCUACGUUGGUAUCCCUAAUGGCCCUGUUCGCCAGCUUCGUGGCUUUGACAAAGUCUUGAUCAAGUCUGGCAAGUCGGCUAGCGUGAGUUUCAACCUUACUCGACGAGAUCUAAGCACUUGGGACACUAGUGCACAGGAAUGGCUUCUCCAGCGUGGAACAUAUCAGAUCUUUGUGGGGCGCAACAGCAGGGACCUGUCUCUUUCGGGGACUUUGACUAUUUAG